AUGUCUAAUUUAUUUCACUGGUCCCCGAGUGUGUUUUACGACCGGUCGCGGUCUCUAACUGCCGAGGCCGGGGAUGGACAGGUAAUAAAACAAACAUCUACAUAACUCUAGUUGUAGGUUUAUUGCCAAGCAGUUGUCCAGGUCCUGAUCGGCGAUGCUCAUAAAGGAUGGCACUCGAGUAUGAUUGGAGAGCUGGUACUGUACUCGUACAAUGCAAAGUCUGAAAAUGAAAGGAACGAUCUGUUUUUGUCGUUCUUUGCUUCGGAGAGAUUCAGCUUCAUCAUCAAGAUGUAUAAUUUAACUAUAAAAACUUCAAAAACAAUUUUUACUCUCAUGAUAUACUGUAUUCAAACUAGGAAUACAAGUAUCUCCUUAAAAAAUCAUUGUUUCAUAUCAAAAAUUACUUCAGGAGCGAUGGUGCACGAUUCUGGAGAACUAAGGCCAAUUUCCUGGUGAUCGAGCACGGUCAGUUGAUCGGCUUCAAUUUCUGCGUAGAACACUUGCACAAAGUCAACCAGCUGGUCAAACACAUGCACGGUAUGCCUUUUAUAUUAAACUCAUCGAAUUUCGUAUUGUCAAAGAGACAAAGCGGUAUAUGUUGUUUAUGAGAAGCAAUAUGUACACAAAGCAACAAUAAAAUAGUAAAACUGCAAAAACUUACUUUUCCAAUUUGAAAAUCCAUAAAGUUUUAUUGAAUUUUUCAAAAAUAAUAUUAUCUGUUUACACGGAAUGCCUGAAGCGAUAGUUUUUGACAUUUCGUCGAAAAAUUGAUUGUGCUGAAAAUUAAAAAAUGUAAAAAAUUAGUUUCAUUGAUGCAUCAAUUGAUGUUAUUAUAGUUAUUUUAUUGUUCAACUCAUUAAUUUACCUUUUUUUGGGCUAAGAAUGGAUAAUAUAAGCAUAGACUUUACUAUACCCACCAUAUUCCCAUGAAUAAUAUUGUAGGUUCAGUGCCACUAGUGCUGUCGAGUCGUUUCCUGCGCGUGAUUCAAAAAGCGAUGCAUCAUCUUCAUGUUAGACCAAACAAAGACAGAGAUGAACUGGUCAAGAAGGAGGAAGGUGUUAAGGGCCUCGACCCGGUUCGGGAGCCGCGCGCCUUCCUUCAUCGUGUCACUUUGGCCGAUUCGGAUGAUAUUUGA